AUGGUGGAGCAGCAGAGAGAGGCAACAACAAAGCAGCAGAGAGAGGCAACAGAGCAGCAGAGGCAACAGAACAGCAGUGAGAGGCAACAAAGCAGUAGUGAGGGGCAACAGAGCAGCAGAGAGAGGCAACAACAAAGCAGCAGAGGCAACAGAGCAGCAGAGAGAGGCAACAGAGCAGCAGUGAGAGGCAACAGAGCAGCAGUGAGAGGCAACAGAGCAGCAGAGAGAGGCAACAGAGCAGCAGAGAGGCAACAGAGCAGCAGAGAGAGGCAACAGAGCAGCAGUGAGAGGCAACAGAGCAGCAGUGAGAGGCAACAAAGCAGCAGAGAGAGGCAACAGAGCAGCAGAGAGGCAACAGAGCAGCAGAGAGGCAACAGAGCAGCAGAGAGGCAACAGAGCAGCAGUGAGAGGCAACAGAGCAGCAGUGAGAGGCAACAGAGCAGCAGGGAGAGGCAACAAAGCAGCAGGGAGAGGCAACAGAGCAGCAGAGAGGCAACAAAGCAGCAGAGAGGCAACAGAGCAGCAGUGAGGCAACAGAGCAGCAGGGAGGCAACAAAACAGCAGAGAGGCAACAGAGCAGCAGUGAGAGGCAACAGAGCAGCAGUGAGGCAACAGAGCAGCAGUGAGAGGCAACAAAGCAGCAGUGAGAGGCAACAGAGCAGCAGUGAGAGGCAACAGUGCAGCAGUGAGAGGCAACAGAGCAGCAGAGAGAGGCAACAGAGCAGCAGAGAGAGGCAACAGUGCAGCAGUGAGAGGCAGCAGAGCAGCAGGGAGAGGCAACAAAGCAGCAGGGAGAGGCAACAAAGCAGCAGGGAGAGGCAACAAAGCAGCAGGGAGAGGCAACAGAGCAGCAGAGAGAGGCAACAGUGCAGCAGAGAGAGGCAGCAGAGCAGCAGGGAGAGGCAACAAAGCAGCAGGGAGAGGCAACAGAGCAGCAGGGAGAGGCAACAGAGCAGCAGAGAGAGGCAACAAAGCAGCAGGGAGAGGCAAGAGAGCAGCAGCUGAACAUCACCACAAGAGUGCCCAAAGGCUCGGAGCCGCCGGAGCGCAGCGCUCCCCUCCCUUGAGCCGCGCAGCCCCCGGGGGUCUGCGGCUUCCUCCGAGGGCUCGUUUGGGCUUUGUGGUUCUGUUGUUGUUUGGGGUCAGAUUUUUUUUUUGUUUGUUUUUGGUUUGUUGGUUUUCAUCUUUUUUUUCCCCCUUUCACUUCUGUCUUUUCUAACCUUUCUUUUGGGACUCUUUUUUGCAUGGAUGUGCGUUGGAAACUAACAACAAAAAGGUGACAAAAGGAGGGGGAAGGGGGGGGGUAGGGGGGGAAGAAAGGAAAAAACCCAACCCUCACUCAACCCAAACCAUAACCAGACCCAAACAACCAAUUUGCCCUCUUGGCUCAGGCUCUCUGCUGAGUGACAGAGCUCAGAGCAGGUUUUUUUGGUUGGGUUGUGGUUUGGGGUUUUCCUUCCUUCCUUCCUUCCUUCCUUCCUUCCUUCCUUCCUUCCUUCCUUCCUUCCUUCCUUCCUUCCUUCCUUCCUUCCUUCCUUCCUUCCUUCCUUCCUUCCUUCCUUCCUUCCUUCCUUCCUUCCUUUUUUUCCCCCCCUCCCCUUUCUUUUCCUUCUUCUCUUAAAUAUUGUGUAUGUUGCACUUUGAUCCACUUCCACAGGGCUAUUUCUGCAAUGUUCAAAUAAAGAGGAAAAUGAAACAAAAAGGAAACAAAAAAACCAAA